CUUGGAGUCGGGUUUUAUUAACUUGCCAUUGCCAUCGCAAUCGACAUCGACGCUCCCUUUUCUUAAAUAUCUUGUAUCCUCCAGGUCUAGCCUCUAACUCUUUCUACCUUCAUUUGUUGAUCGAGACUUUGUUAAUCGUUUGUUUCGUUUUGUCUCUUACAGUUUCGCCUCCCGUACGGAACUGAAUUGUCUCCUUUCACUCCUUCACAUCAUCACCAACUAAAACGUUAUAACGCGACCGCAUCGAUACCUUAUCAACUUAAUUUCUGAACCCGUCAUGGGCAACGACAGCUCCAUUCUCGCCGACGGCUCCGCCAUGGCCGUGCCCGGCACUUCUUUCAAUCAUACGCUCUUCGAAACAGCUUUACCACCGCUGCCAACAUUUAGUCUUGAGGUCCAGCCUGAUCUCUUUCCUUGGGUCUCCGACUUUUGGCUCAAUUUGUUACUCCCUGUUGUUGUCUACUGGGUCCUAUCCCUGACAUUCCAUGCAAUCGACGUCAACGACUGGUUCCCCCAAUAUCGACUACACACGCCUGAAGAAAUCACCAAACGCAACCACGUCUCCCGCUUUGAGGUCGCCCGCGAUGUUAUCCUGCAGCAGAUCAUCCAGGUCGUCACUGGCGCUCUUCUCGCCUUGUCCGAGCCUCCGGAGAUGAUUGGAAAGAGUGAAUAUGACGUUGCAGUCUGGGCUACUCGCAUCCGUAUCGCGCAACGAGCUCUCCCAACUGUGCUCGGCCUCGUCGGCCUCAAUGCUACAGCAAUCUCCAAGAGUCUCCUUGACACUCAUCCCCUGCUGGCCGGGGCUGUUGCUGGUGGUUACUACCCGUCGCUUGUGGACGCGAACUCGGAACCUGCUUUCGCCUCUUGGGAGAUGACAUUGGCCAAGACUAUCUACUACUUCCUGAUCCCUGCUGUUCAGUACUUUAUUGGCGCUGCUAUCAUCGAUACUUGGCAAUACUUCCUCCACCGAUUGAUGCAUGUCAACAAGUGGUUGUAUGUUCACUUCCACUCUCGCCACCACCGUCUUUACGUGCCUUACGCUUAUGGUGCUCUCUACAACCACCCUGUUGAGGGGUUCCUGCUCGACACCCUCGGUGCCGCCGUCGCAUUCAAGGUCACCCGCAUGACUUUGCGCCAGGGCAUCCUCUUCUUCUCAAUGUCCACGAUCAAGACAGUCGACGACCACUGCGGCUACGCGUUCCCCUGGGACCCUCUCCAGAUCGUCACCAGCAACAACGCUGAAUAUCACGACAUCCACCACCAACACUGGGGCAUCAAGACCAACUUUGCUCAGCCCUUCUUCACUUUCUGGGACACUCUUCUCGAUACCAAGUACAGGGGCUCCAAGACCAACAAGCCUGGCCAAAAGAAGGCCAAGGUUGAGGAAAAGGCUCAGUAGAUUUUGUUUUUGAGACAUUGGCAUAUGAACUUUUUGAUUUCAGCAUAAGGAGCACAUGAUUGUGCAGUCCCAACAAAACAAGAAAGCCAAGCAUCAGUAUUCGAUUAUUUGGGGAUCGCCGGAUUGCGAUAUGGUUGUUUAAUCUUAUCAGGGGGCGCUUUUUGUUACGGUUUUGGAUCGGUUUGGGCAUGACGGCAAUUUCAACAUCGACACUUAUCAUCACGGCUCGAAGCUUGCGGUAAUUUU